AUGGGUCAAACACCAUCACAGUUCAUGGAGGAUAUGCAGAAGCGAUCCAACUUCACAUCCGCUGAGCUGGAAAGAUUGAAGAAGCGCUUUAUGAAGCUAGACAGUGAUGGCUCGGGCUCCAUAGAUCGGGAAGAAUUUUUGCAAAUACCACAAAUAGCUACCAACCCAUUGGCCUCAAGGAUGAUUGCAAUCUUUGACGAAGAUGGAGGAGGCACUGUAGACUUCCAAGAAUUCGUGGGUGGAUUGAGUGCAUUUAGCAGUCGAGGAGGGCGAGAAGAGAAGCUACGAUUCGCAUUCAAGGUUUAUGAUGUGGAUCGAGAUGGUUUCAUUUCCAAUGGAGAGCUGUUUCUGGUAUUGAAAAUGAUGGUUGGAAACAAUCUCAAGGAUCAACAACUACAGCAGAUUGUUGACAAGACGAUCAUGGAGGGUGAUCUAGAUCGUGAUGGAAAACUUAGCUUUGAAGAGUUUUCCCAGAUGGUGUCAAACACGGACAUUGUCAAGCAGAUGACGCUUGAAGACCUUUUCUGA